GUAUACCCCUCCACCGCUAUCCGUUCACGAACCAUGGUCGACUGGCAAUCCCCCCAGGAGAUUGCAAAGGAUGCAAAUGCGUUUGAAAGCUUAAUCUACGCAUUGUUUGGCCUUUAUGUCUGGGAGAUAUUUUCUACUUUACACGUCGAGUGGUCCAUUUUCGUGACUCGACAGCGCUCCUUCCGAUGGCCAAUGGUCUUCUAUUUCUUGUGUCGAUACUGUCUUCUAUGGGCACUUAUCGGACUGAUUAUUUCUUUCAACGUAACUCGAGAGGUCAAUUGUGGUGCCCUCUAUACUUUCAACUCAUGGACGGGUAACAUGGCGAUCCUCAGCGCCUCAACGUCGUUGAUGAUUAGAACAAUUGCAAUCUGGGAACGGAAGUUAACGGUUGUUAUUCCGCUUCUUAUUCUCUGCCUCGGACACUGGGGAUUACUCUACCAUGGUAUUAUCAUCGUGCGAGCAACCUGGAAUCCAGUAGAGUCCGCUUGCACAGUAGAUCAAACAAAUUCGGCAGUACUGAAGUUCACCUUUUUCACCACUAUGGGAUUCGACCUCAUCAUUUUCGUCUACACAUGCACAGCACUAUUGAGAAACUCUACACGUUCCGGCCUUUGGCAACUCUUGUUCCGAGACGGUCUGAUUUACUGGGCCGUGACAUUCUGUGUUAACUCUAUUCCCGCUGUCUUGAAUACCUUAGAUCUGAACACUCCUAUGAACAUCAUCGCGACCGUCCCAGCUGCUACUGUUGCAUCCAUUGCCGCAUGUCGCUGCGUCAUUCGACUGCAGGACUAUGGAAACUCUGAAGUAUAUGUGCACAAUGCUAGUGCAGGCUCAGUAGACGGAAGAGUACGAUUUUCUUCGACUGCUGGAGUUGGCAUUACCAGCUUUGGAAAGCCGCCCCGGUUCCCACGGCCUGAAGUGCACAUCCGUACUGACCAGAUCACGAUGGAGAAUCUCAGCAUGCCGGAGUACGAAGAGACGCAUGUAGGUUCCGCGAUCACAACGGACUCACUCAAGACUCCACGCGAUCUCGAAGAAGGCCCAGUCGUAACGUUUGGCAGCUACGAUAAAGAUACUCCGUAUCUUGGUCAUCACCACGAGUAGAUAUGUAGAUCCGGAGGUUUUCUCAACCUUACACAUCUAUUUUUACACGAUCCCAUCUCUCAUCUAUCUUGUAUCUCCUUUCCCAUUUUUGUCACUGGGAUGAGAAAACAGAAAAGAAUCACAGUGUCAAGGGUAGUUCUUUGCUGGUUUGAACCGCUUCUACGUGUAUAUAAAUUUCUGAGUCCAUAAAUUGCUCAUGACGACAUGAUAAAA